GAUCUUGAACUCCUGAUCCUCCUGCCUCCACCCCUCCACUCCCUGAGUGUUGAGAUUAUCUGCUUGCGCCAGCACGCCUGGUUUUAUGCGCUACUGGGUAUUGAUCCCAUGCUAGGUAAGCGCUUUACCCUGUAUUUAAGGUCUUGGAAACAGUGGCUCGCUUAGAAUUCAGCCAUCGCCAGGGGGAAACCUUACGCAGCCUUUAGUCAUAAACCUGUCGCUUGUAAAGUUUUCCCACUACCUUUUCCUAGGGAAGCUAACGCAGUGGGUGGGAUUAAGUGGCCUCCACCUGGAGGAUAAACCGUAUCUGCACAAUGAUUCCUGAAUCUGGUGUCCAGCGUGAUCUGGAGGAGAGUUUCUCCAUAGAACAGAGCGGGUCAGGCACGUAACAGCCAUUUCUCAGUUACCUAUCUCUCUUCUGGGAUGCAGCGCUUAAGCGGCUGCCCGGAAAGGGGCGCCGGAAAGCAUCACUAUUAGAACAGGAUAAGCGGACCAAGGUGCAGACCACUAACUCAAACCCCCUCCCACGUGUCCCGGGCGGGGGAGGCACGCGAUCUGAAACUCCACCGCCAGGCGGGGCGCUCCUGAGGCUCCGCCCUCGGAGCCUGGGUUGCCUGCUCCCCGGCUGCAUCUCUGCGCGUCGGGCGAUGUAUCUCCGAAGGGCUGUGUCUAAGACUCUGGCGCUGCCCCGGAGGGCGCCCUCCGGACCUGUGCCACUGGGAAAAGACGCAUCUCUUCGCCGAAUGUCAUCCAGAAAAUUCCCUGGAACGUCUGGGUCCAAUAUGAUUUAUUACCUGGUUGUAGGUGUGACCGUCAGUGCUGGUGGAUAUUACACUUACAAGGCUGUCACAUCAAAGCAAGCCAGACAUACAGAACACAUCAGGAACGUGAAAGAACAAACCAAGGCAGAAUCACAGCCACUUCCAGGCGAAAAGGAGCAUGUGGCAGAAGCUGGGGCCGGAGAAAUUUCUGUAAAGGAAACGGAAUUGGUGCAUGCUGAGGAAGUGCCCAAGGCUGCAGCAGGGCCUCCAGAAGGGUCUCCGACCUUCCCGGUCCCUGCAGAGGCUGCCCUAGAGGAGAUACCCACACCGAGGGAGGAGCCUGAGCUGAAGACCACCGAGGGAGUCCCUGAACCCACCGCGGAGGUGGAGAACAUGGCUCUUGAAUCCACAACAGAGGUGGAGAGCGCGGCUCCUGAACCCACUGCGGAGGUGCAGAGCGCGGCUCCUGAAUCCUCUGCAGAGGUGCCGAGCGCAGCUCCUGAAUCCACGGAAGAGGUGGAGAGCGCGGCUCCUGAAUCCCCAGCAGAGGUGCAGAGCGCAGCUCCUGAAUCCACAGAAGAGGUCGAGAGCGCGGCUCCUGAAUCCCCAGCAGAGGUGCAGAGCGCAGCUCCUGAAUCCACGGAAGAGGUGGAGAGCGCAGCUGCGGACCAGGCGGAUGGGGCUCGUACCAGCGAGGAGGGUGAGGGUACUGCUGGGAACCAGAGCUGCCUGGAGAGUCCUGAACUAGAAGAAAGCCCCCCCUUAGGCUCAGAGCCCUCUGCCCAGCAGGAUUCACCAGAAGAAACCACCGAGGUCACCGCAGAAGGCGCCUCACCCCAAGGCUGAUCCGCAAAACUCCAGAGUUGCUUUUGUAUUUUUAGCAACCUUAGACCUUCUUUCUAGAAUUUAAUAUACCUUAAAGAAUUUGGCUUUCACUAAUAAAUGUUUGGAUUGGGAUUUGGUAUUUUACAUGUCUUAAUAGUUUUCUACCCUCUAAGAUCAGGCUGUGUAAAGAGCUUAAACAGUAUUAACUUUGGAUUUAAAUUUUACGUUUUAGAAAUUAAGGUAUCCAUGCAGCCUGUAGUCCCUUUGAUUUUUACUCUACCUUUCUCUUUAUUAUAUGUAAGACCGGAUUAUUGAGUUUGAUAUGAACUCAUUUAAAUAAAAUUAGAAAAUCUUAA